AUGGAAUCGAAGUCUGGAAUCAUCGCGCCAGCAAACCAUCCUACAGCACCUAGAACACGAAACCUCCUCGGUAGACUCCCAAAAUCGAUCAGUAGAUGGCUGGGUUAUAGACCGACUGCACCACCACCAUCGCCGAACUAUGUUAUCUGGAUCUGGUCCUUCAUCGGAGCGUUCUGCGGUCUGUCGAUCGUACAGGCGCUCUUCAGUCGAACGCCUCACUUCAUAGAAAAGGGUGUACCGCCCAUCAUCGCUAGUUAUGGAGCUUCAGCAGUCUUGAUUUAUGGUGUCCUUGAUGGACCUCUAGCCCAACCCCGCGCUCUCGUCGGCGGUCACUUCGUGGGGGCACUCAUCGGUACAUGCAUUUCGAAGCUGUUCGGGCUUCUUUCGGAGGAGAAGUUCGAGGAGGUUCGUUGGGUAGCUGCGAGUUUGGCCUGUGCGACGGCGAUCGUGGUCAUGCAAAUGACUGCCACCACACACCCUCCAGCUGGUGCGACCGCAUUUCUCCCCCUCCUGGACCCAUCUAUCCGGGCCAUGUCUUGGUACUACCUUCCUGUUAUCCUCCUUACCUCUAUCGUCUGCCUCGCCGUGGCCCUCCUACUCAACAACAUCCAGAGACGCUACCCCGUUUUCUGGGUUGCCCCAGUCGUAAUGCCGCCGCCGCCGCCGUCACAGCCCAACACUGUAGGUGACACAACCCCCAAUUCAUACGACGGAGCCCCAGGUUCGGCGGAAAUUAGGAGGCCACCAAUCGCUUGGGGAACGUCCGCCACCCCAACCUUGACGAGUACCUUGGACGUCAACAACAUGAAGAAGGAUCGGAGUCCAAGUAGAGACAGGCGCUCCGAGAGCGCUGUUAGCUUGGCCAUGGCGUGA